CUCGCUGCCCGCCGGGCACCUGCUGGCGGCCCGCUCCGUCCUCAGCCCCGCCGGGGUGGGCGGCGUGGGCAUGGGGCUGCUAGGAGCUGGCGGCAUCCCCGGCUUCUAUGCGCAGCCCACCUUUCUGGAGGUGCUCUCCGAUCCGCAGAGCGUCCACCUGCAGCCUCUGGCCCGGGCCCCCGGGCAGCUGGACAGCAGCCAGACGGCCAGCUCAGGUAGGCACGGCCCCGGCCCCCGGGGGCACCGCCGUCCGCAGGCACCCCCAGAGCCCCGCGCCCGGCGGCGGAGGUGAUUUCGUUUCGGACUCGAGGAGGAGGAGGAAAAGAACGAGGGAGCUCGGGACCGGCCUUCCCCGGCUGGGGCCGCUGCCGCGCUGUGAUGGCCCGGCCCGUGGCUGCACCGAACACCGGCGGAGCGGCUCUCGCCCGGCCCCGGCGGCCCCAACUCGUUGCCGGGGAAUUAAGGCCCUCUCCUGUCCCGUUCCUAGACGGCGACAGCCGCCCGCAGCCCUGCCCGCAGGCCUCUCUCCCAGCCCGCCCCAGUCCCUCCGGAGCGGGGGCAGCGGUGUCCCGCUUCGUCCCCAAGCGUCCUCCCGGAGUCCCCGUGCCGUGCCGUGCCCGCCGCCCCCUCCCGCAGCGCGGCCGCGGGGAGAGCGGAGCCGCGGCCGGUGGCUGCCGGGUGGCGGCGGGCGGGAAGCGGCAGGAGCUCGAGGCUGGCCCUGGGGCAAGGCGGCCCGCACCGAAACGCGCCUCCCGGCUUCGAACCCCUGCGGUUCCCGUGGGGCGAAGGCGGCACCGCCCUGCCCGCGACACCCCCGGCCCGGGCACCCCUGGGACGCGCGGCGGCCGCGGGCAGAAGCCAUUCCCGGCAAUGUUUUUCGCGGUGGCUGCGGCAGCCUUUAUUUUUCCGCCUUCCCGGCGUUUCCACGGAGCAGCGCGGGUCCCCCGCCCCGGGUCAAGAGGCAGCGGGUGCCCGGGCGCCGGGAGGGGGCCGCGGCUCCCUCCAUUUCCUACAUUUUGUUGAGAUCGAGGGCUCGGCGUUUCGGCGGCACGACAACGGCAGCCCCGCAAACGACUCCGGGUGACAUAAGGGACAGUGAGAGCCCGCUCCCGGCCCGCAGCCCUUCCCGGAGGGGCACGGAGUCCCCGAGCCCCCCGCAGCGGGAUCCGGGCCGGGGCCGGGCUGCAGCCCGCAGACCCCGGCCGAACCGCGAUCGCAACGAAAGCUCCGGGCGGAGUGGCCGGAGGGAGCGGAGCUGCGGGGCCCCGGCGGGCAGCGAGCCCCAGCCCACGGCCGCUGCCCUUCUCUCCGCAGAUUCCGAGGAUGUCUCCUCCAGCGACCGCAAAAUGUCCAAAUCUUCCCUCAACCAGAGCAAGAAAAGAAAGAAGAGGCGGCACAGGACAAUCUUCACAUCCUACCAACUGGAGGAGCUGGAAAAGGCCUUCAAUGAGGCCCACUACCCAGAUGUGUAUGCUAGAGAGAUGUUGGCCAUGAAAACAGAGCUGCCAGAAGACAGGAUACAGGUCUGGUUCCAGAACCGCCGGGCCAAGUGGCGGAAGCGAGAGAAGUGCUGGGGCCGGAGCAGCGUGAUGGCCGAGUACGGGCUCUAUGGCGCCAUGGUGCGUCACUCCAUCCCACUGCCUGAGUCCAUCCUCAAGUCAGCCAAGGAUGGCAUCAUGGAGUCCUGUGCCCCGUGGCUCCUGGGGAUGCACAAAAAGUCUCUGGAGGCAGCGGCUGAGGCGGGGAGGAAGACGGAGGUGGAGCGUCAGGCCCUGCCCAAGCUUGACAAGGGUGACAAGGAAGAGAGGGGCUCGGAUCCCAAAACCGCCAUUUCCCAGGAGGAACUGAGAGAAAACAGCAUUGCUGCCCUCAGGGCCAAAGCUCAGGAGCACAGCACCAAAGUCCUGGGGACCAUUGCGGGGGACACCCCAAGGAAGCUGGAGAAAGGGGAGGAGGUGGCAGAGGAUGAGAGGCAGACAGAGAAGUCCAGUGCAUCACAGAAGGAGGAGAAGCUGAUCUAGGGGGGCAGAGGCUGUGGGAGCCAGCCCUGACAGAUACUGUGUCGUCCGGGGGCCACAGCCCCCUCUGAUGGCCAGGCCUCCCGGCCGCCCCCACCCAGGGCGUGGGGCCCCUGUUUCUUCGUGUGGGGCUACCCCAGGGGUGCCUCCAGCCUGCUGCCCUGGAGUGCAGCCCCAUCCUUCACUCCUCUACCCCCAGGGCUUUUCUUACCCCAGUCUCCAUUGCCACCCCAGGGCAGGCUGUGGCUCCAGGUCCCUCUGGCUGUGGGUCUGCGUCUAGCCCAGACCCCACCCAGCCCCCUCCAGGCCAGUGCAGCCCAGUUCCCCUUCACCUCAUGCCCCAUCCUGCUGUGUUCCACACCACAGGGGACCCCAUUGCCCCUGGUGCGAUGAGCCCAUGGCCCUGUGUGUGAAAUGCCGAGCCUCUGCUACAGGGCUCUCCCAGCUCAGCACUGACAGCUGCUGGGAUGGGGCUGCAGGUUUGGAGCUGCUGAUUUUUGCCUCAAUUACAUGAGGAAAUGCAGAUUUAGCUUGCAGACACCAUGCUGUGUUCCCAGAUCACACCUCCAGUGACCCCAGCCCACACCGUCAUCUCCCCCACACGCACUCGGAGGCCAGUGACACACACGGCUAAAGCCUCUCAGGCAAGAUAACAACAUUUCCCUAAGGUAUUUAUUGAAGUAAAUUUGCCCUGCUCUCCUUCUGCGCCCUGAAGGGAAUGACAGCCAUGCAGACACACCCCUGGCACACACUGUAAUGUGUACAUACGUCUCCUCACUGACCCCAUGUGUGCACGCAGACCCAUGCAGCCAAACCCGCUGUUCUUCACAGCAUCCCGUGCUGACAUCGCCCUUCUAUCCCCGUCAGGCCUCUUAUCCCCAGAGCUGCUGUUUUUAUUCUGUCAGAAUUAACCCCUUCCAUCCAGCCCCAUCUGUCUUUGUCCCCCAUUUGUUUGACGUGUUAGAUUAUAGCCCACGGUGUGUAAAUAAUGUACAUACAGCAAGAAAAGAAUUCAGUAUUGAGGUGUUUGAGAUAUGGAGCUGUAAUAACUUCUAGUCAUUCAGAACCUGUGAUUUAUGUGCCAUUUUCUGUAAAGAUAUGAACAAGAAUAAAACUAAACUGGAAU